AUGUCUGAUAAUCGAAAACUUGGUCUAAAUGUAGCUCAAGAUAUAGCACGGUCUAAGGGUGGUGAAUGUUUAUCAGAUAUAUAUAUCAAUAGUCAUAAUAAUUUACUAUGGAAAUGUGGACAAGGACAUACCUGGUAUGCUUCUCUCCAUAAUGUAAAGAAAGCACGUGGAACUUGGUGUGCUAAAUGUAAUGGUUGUACAAAAUUGGAUAUUUCUAUUGCUAUUGAUCUUGCACAACAGCGAAAGGGUAAAUGUCUUUCUAAAAAAUAUAUUAAUAACCAUAUGCCUCUUUUAUGGGAGUGUUCCAAAGGUCAUCAAUGGUCUACUUCUCUUUCCAGUGUGAAAAGACUUGGAUCUUGGUGUCCAUAUUGCUCAGGUCGACAUUCCUGCAGUUUGGAUCUUGCUAAAAAAAUUGCUAAUGAACGAAAUGGUAAGUGCCUUUCAGAGCAAUAUAUUAAUAUUAACAAAUAUCUUUUAUGGGAAUGUAAUCAAAAACAUACAUGGUAUGCAAGCCUUCACGAUGUAAAAAAUGGUAACCACUGGUGUGCAAAAUGUGCAAAAAAUAAGCCCUACAAUCUUGAGUUUGUUAAAAAUAUAGCAAAUAGUAGAAGUGGUGAAUGUUUAUCUGAAAAUUAUGUAAACGCCCAUACAAAACUGAUGUGGAAAUGUGUUAAUGGGCAUAAAUGGACUGCCUCUCUUGCCAGUAUAAUGCAUUGCAAUUCCUGGUGCCCAUAUUGUAAACAUAAGCAUGAAAAUUUAUGCCGUGAAAUUGUGGCAAAAUAUCUUGGCCCACCAUCAGAAAAUCGCUGGCCUGAUUUCUUAAAAACACCAGAACAUCCAACGGGACUACAACUUGAUAUUCCUUAUUACCACUAUGGUUUUGCUAUCGAAGUCCAAGGAAUACAACACGAACAAUAUAUCCAAUUCUUCCACCGAGGGGAUCAAAAAAAUUUUAUUAAACAGCAAGAACAUGAUCAACUUAAGAGAGAACUCUGUGAAGAAAAUUGGAUAGUCUUAAGAUAUGUCUGGUAUUAUGAAGACCCAUUUGAGAAAAUUCCAGAUAUCCUUCGAGAACUGGGUCUUAUUUCUUAA